AUGUACAACAAUCGAGAUGGAAGAGAUGGCAAGGGAGGAGCCCCGGGAGCCAUGGGGGGAGAAAGCUAUGGAGCUGUAUACAAUCAUGGAUCAUCUUACAACUACAAUUAUGGACAAGGAAAAGCAAACAACGAGCAAAAGGGAUAUUAUUAUGAUACACCAACAAGGGCCACAGCAGCUAAUGGGGGACUGUACGAUGAAUUUUCUCUUAACGAAUUUUCUUCAACCAAGAUAAGACAUGGAUUCAUAAGAAAAGUUUACUCCAUAUUAUCAUUACAACUUCUUAUGACCUUUGGAUGUUCAGCAUUAUCUGUUUUAUAUAAACCAUUUAACACAUUUGUAAUUAGUAAUUACACAUUACUUUUUGUUUUUGGAAUAAUUUUAAGUUUACCAAUAAUGAUAGCAUUGGCAUGUUCACCUGUUUUGGCUAGAAAAUAUCCAAGUAACUAUUUUCUUUUGCUUUCAAUAACAAUUGGUAUGACAUUAAUAGUUACAUUAGCAAGUGCAAGAACAAAUUCAGAAAUAUUUUUUUAUGCCUUUGGAACAACGUCUGUUGUGGUUGUAGGGUUAACCAUUUUUGCCUUCCAAACCAAAUGGGAUUUUACAGGAUGGUAUGUCUAUCUCUUUAUGGCAUUUUUAAUACUAAUGGUACUUGGAAUUGUUGGAAUUUUUGUUCGCAGCAAAGUUUUUAAUUUAGUCUUUGCUGGAAUUAGUGCAUUCUUAUUAUCCAUCUCCAUCAUUGUUGAUACCCAGCUUAUUAUUGGUGGUAAACACAAGAAAUAUGAAUUUUCAGUAGAUGAUUAUAUAUUCGCUACUUUAGCCCUAUACAUGGAUAUAAUUAAUUUGUUUCUUUCUAUCUUAUCCAUUUUUUCAAAUUCCGACUGA